UUGUCCCCAACGACGUUUUGCAAAAAGCACCUCCCCUUUCUUCCGACAAACUACGCAGCCCUCCUUCCGACUGCUUCUCUGCUCCGUCGCCUCGCCAAGCGCCGGCAGCCUGCUCCGUCGCCUCGCCGCCUACUCUGUCGCCUCUCCGCAUGCUCCGCCGCCUCGCCGCACGUCGGCUGCCUUCUCCCCCUCGUCUCGCCGCUUCUCUCCGUCCGCACUAGGAGAUCAAGAGGGAAGGGAUCCCCUUUUCUGCAAAGGCCGUGCCUUGCCGACUCCGGCGGCGGCGCUCAAUGACCCGCUCCUCGUCCUCGAGCACAUCCUCCAGACCUCGAGCUCCGGCGGCGGCGGCGUGGGAAAGACGACCAGGGCAUGGGGAAGACGAAGACUUGCUCCAGCCACAUGCCACUGCCCCGUGCUCGCCUUGCUCCUCGAGCUGGCGGGCUGAUGAUGGAGGACCUGCACUCUUGGCUCCACCGGCGCCGCCGCUACCACUUCUGCUUCUGCUCCCCGCUUGCACACAGCGCAGCGAUUGGAGGAGCAAUGGAGUACUGCAGAGGAACGGAUGCUGCUUCCGUUGGUGCAGAACAUCAAGAAAAUUUAGUUGACGAAAGCCCGUCGAAGUGGUCGCUUUGGAGGAGCAGCCGCAGGUGGGCGGCGGGGCAGCUCGCCUCCGUGCGGCGCAGGUUCGCAGCAGCGGAGGCUGCGGAGCAGAGCAGCCGCAGGUGGGCGGCGGAGGUGGGCGGCGCCGCGGUGGCUGGACGCGCCGAUGGGCGGCGGCUGGGCGGUGGAAUUGCGUAGCUGGGCGCCGGCUGGUCCUAGCGGAUCGAAGACCAACUCGCCUCCGUGGUCGCAGCGGUGGGCGGCGGAGGCGGGCAGCUGGUGGCGGGUAGGCGGCGGCGGGUGGUCGCGGGACGCUGCGAGCGCCGGAGCACGGCGGCGGAAUCCCACGGCGACGCGCGGGCGACAGACAGAGGAAGAAGGGGUCCUGUUUGUUGCUGUUUUAAAAUGACGAGGGUUUUCUUGCAAAAAACCCAGUGUACUGUGCGCGUGACAACUUUUCCCGGACGGAGGAAGUACUGUAUUAUCGACUUGUACUGUUUAGUUCGAGCCAUUUGGCUUUGAUGAGUAGAAGUAAAUAUCCAAGUAAGUUAUGGAAUAUGUAGCCUGUUCUUGGAUCCGUAAUAGUGGAGACCGCUUUUGCCU